AGCCAUAAGUUCACUCUUCUAAGUUCUAAUUAUCGAUGGGUCGGUUUAAUCUAUUGUUGAUAGUGUUAAUAGGCAUAUGGCUAAUGCGCCAUUUAGCGGCUGCUCAACUUCAGCAAAAUUUCUACGCCAGUACAUGCCCUAACGUUGAGCGCAUUGUGAAGAAGGCUGUCAAAAAGAAAUUAAGUCAGACAUUCAUCACAAUUCCAGCUACUCUACGCCUCUUCUUCCAUGAUUGCAUGAUCAAUGGAUGCGAUGCUUCAGUAAUGAUACAAUCAACGUCAAACAACAAGGCUGAGAAGGAUCAUUCAGACAACUUGUCAUUGGCUGGAGAUGGAUUCGAUACAGUUAUCAAAGCUAAAGAGGCAGUUGAUGCAAUACCGGGUUGCAAGAAUAAAGUUUCUUGUGCUGAUAUUCUUGCUAUUGCCACCCGCGAUGUUGUUAGAAUGGCUGGUGGUCCGUUCUAUCCUAUAGAAUUGGGAAGAAGAGAUGGACUAGUCUCAACUGCAGCAAGUGUGGAAGGGAAGUUGCCUCAUCCAAACUUCAAUUUGGAUCAACUCACUUCUUCAUUUGCUUCCCGUGGCCUUUCCCAAACACAUAUGAUUGCUCUAUCAGCUGCCCACACUCUGGGAUUCUCACAUUGCGACAAGUUUUCUAAGAGAUUAUACAACUUCUCGGCCAAAAAUCCAACGGACACAAAGCUAUACCCACCAUAUGCGGCCCAAUUGAAGGCAAUGUGCCCACAAAAUGUGGACCCAGGGAUUGUAGUGAGCAUUGACCCAACUACACCCAUGAGAUUCGAUAACAUCUACUUCCGGAAUCUCAUCAAAAGAAAGGGAAUUUUCACUUCGGACCAAAUCCUCUAUGAAGACCCUAGAUCAAAGCCCACUGUUGUCGAUUGGGCCCAAAAUUCUACUCGCUUCAACGAGGCCUUUAUCCAGGCUAUGACUGCAUUGGGCCGUGUUGGGGUUAAAACUGCUAGUAAUGGCAAUAUACGUAUUAGAUGUGAUGCAUUCAACUAGUUGGGGCCUGGGGGUAAUUCCGUAAUUGUCAUUUGUGACUUGCAAGUGCUGAAAUUGGGAUUUUUAAUAUAAUAUAUAUAUUAUUUUUUAUUUAUUGUAUGUAUAAACUAGGAAGAAAAUUAGUCGAUAAGUUUUGGUUGUAUUAGUAAAGUUACAUAAUGUUAAUA